AUGUCAACAUUGAAUGUUUUGAGAUACUCAGCAUUAGCUUUGGGCAUUGCUGUAGGUGUGAAAAACGACUGGUCUUUAAAGGCCAGUGCAAAAGAUGAAGCUGCUAAUAAAAAAUUGCAACAUGAAUUGGAGUUGGUUGAAAAAGCCAAGACUGAGUAUAAGAAGCUAAAUCCUCCUCCAAAGAAGCAGGCUAAUGUUGAGAACACGAAGUUCGAUCUUGAAGACCCAAAUUUUGACAUUGCAGCUGCAAUUUUGGGAUCUAUAGAUUCCUUAAAGCAAUAA